GAUCAUCUUCCCCCUCUCUUUCAGAUACAUUUUUCAACUGAUCAUUUCACACAGGGCCACUGCCCAGACACUUCUCAUAUUUUAUUUUCCACUCCAAAAGAAACAAAAGAGAGAAAUAAGAAUUGUUUUUCUCAAAGGAAAAUCACAUAGAAUUUUCAUUGAAGGGAUUCCGACCAUAUUCAAUUUCUCUACAUCUUACCUCGUGAAUCCACCGUCGGUUUUGCUCUUCUCAUUUCCUCCUCAUGUUUGGAUUUUUAUUUUGUGGAAAUCGUUUUUGUGCUUUUUUCCCAAUCUGGGAUUGCAUGAUUUCUCUAAUAUAAACUUUGUAUCUAAAUUAAAUUUGUCUGUUUUUGCCAAUUGGGAUUUCUUGGGAAGGAGGGACGCUGUUCAAAAUUUGGAUUUUUUUAAUUAGAUGCUGGUGCAUUUUCAUCAAUUGGGUUUUCUCAAGUUUUGAAAAUUUUUAACUGGGCAGUGUCCUAAAUUUCAGUUACAUUCUGGCAUUUGCUCCAAUUGAGCAUCAUCAAUUUAAGAUCUUUAAAAACGGGUUGCAUGAAUUUGAGAAAAGACUGCAACUUUUUAUUUUUUUAAAUGCUGAUUUUUGAGAUGAAGGAUAGGCUUCAAUGAUGAGCAAGGUUAAAGAAAAUGGAGGUUAGAUCAGAGAGUUUGGGACAGGCAAGGCUCGAAAAAGAAAAGGGAAGUUUACAAGGGGGCCAAGUAAUCCAGAGAACAAGGUUACAGGUCUGGUUUAUAAGGGUAUGCUCAAGCAUUUUGAUAUGGACCUGUUUGGUUCAGCUGGUGGCUGUCGGCGAGCUGUGGCAUCCGCGUUUACUAACUGGAUUGUCAAGCCGGUUCAGUGGAGCGUCUACAUUGUCCUUUCGUGUUGAAGAUGCUGUGCCAUCUCCUCCCAUUCUUUUGCCUGCCAGAAAUUAUACAAGUAAUGGUUUUCUUAAAGUGUCUUGCAAUGGCGGCUUGAAUCAAAUGCGCGCUGCGAUCUGUGACAUGGUAACAGUUGCUCGGCUUUUAAAUCUCACUUUGAUUAUUCCAGAGCUUGAUAAGAAAUCAUUCUGGGCUGAUCCUAGUGAUUUUGAUGACAUUUUUAACGUAAGACACUUCAUUGACUCAUUAAGAGAUGAAGUUCGGAUUAUUAAGAGAUUGCCUAAAAGGUUUGGAAGGAAACUUGGGAACCAAAUUCUACAGAUGCCUCCUGUUAGCUGGUCAAAUGAUAAGUACUACUUGGAACAGAUCUUACCCUUAUCUGCCAAGUACAAGGUGAUACACUUCAACAGAACAGACACUCGACUCGCAAACAAUGGACUUCCUGUUGAGCUUCAAAGACUCAGAUGUCGUGUCAAUUUCCAAGCACUUAAGUUCACCCCUGAGAUUGAGGCUUUGGGUCGAAAGUUGGUGCGCAUUCUGCAAGAAAGUGGACCGUUCAUGGCAUUGCAUUUAAGAUAUGAGAUGGACAUGUUGGCUUUCUCCGGUUGUACCCAUGGAUGCACUGAGGAGGAAGCUGAGGAGCUUAAACGGUUGAGGUAUGCAUUUCCUUGGUGGAAAGAGAAAGAGAUAAUAUCUGAUGUAAAAAGAUCUGAGGGCUUAUGCCCUCUUACCCCGGAGGAGACAUCAUUGAUUUUGAAAGCAUUGGGUUUUGACAGAGACACACAGAUAUAUAUUGCAUCUGGUGAAAUAUAUGGCAGUGCAAGGAGACUUGCCGCACUAAGAACUGCAUUUCCCAGGAUUGUGAAAAAGGAGAUGCUGUUAGAUCCUGAAGAUCUGCGACAGUUUCAGAAUCAUUCAUCUCAAAUGGCUGCCCUUGAUUUCAUUGUUUCAGUGGCCAGUAAUACAUUUGUUCCCACCUAUGAUGGAAACAUGGCAAGAGUCGUGGAAGGUCAUCGAAGGUAUCUGGGUUUCAAAAGAACCAUCCAAUUGGACCGGAAAAGACUUGUAGCACUAUUGGAUUUGCAUCAGAAUGGGACGAUCUCAUGGGAUGAGUUUUCUGUUGCUGUGCGGUUGGCACAUGAGAGCAGAAUGGGACAGCCUGCACGUCGUAGAGUUCUUGUUGAUAAACCGAAAGAAGAAGAUUAUUUCUAUGCAAAUCCGCAAGAAUGCCUGUGCGAGGGAACAAGUUGUGAUGACUUAUUAGGCCCUCGGAAUUCAACUGUAGUCCGAUAACAUGUGCCGCCAAACCAAGCCUCAAUUUGUGAUUCAAUUCCAAGGGUCCUUGCUAGACACCGUGUGAAGAAAUCAUGGUGUUUCAGUUAGCAAAGGCUUGGGAUCAUUAGCGUUCAUCCAUCGAAAAUCUUUCAGAAAUCAAGAAAAUGUCAGACUUGUCAUGGGCAUCAGAGCGGUGUGUUCAUACAUGGGGAGCUUUGUAAGAAGCAGCAGAAAAUACAUAGAAAUGAAAAUGAAGGUUUAGAAGUUCCACUUGGAUUUUAAUUUUAAUCAUUCUUUUUGUUCAUAUGUAAUUGGUUUUUUCUGAUGGUUAUUCAUGGGAUCUUUCAUUGUUUUAGCAUAAGAGCUGCCAGCUGAAAGCUAAUUAUUCAUGUGUCACUAUUGAUUAGUCAACAGGUGCCAUUUUCGGCACUUGUCUGAUCAGAUAAGAUGGUAAAAUCGAGGCAGUGAAGGCCUCUUAGAUGGUUGUAAUCAAUAACUACUCCAAUACCACUGUAAAAUUCCCAAUAUGAGCAAAUUUGAGUGGCUUCUGAGGUUUUUGAGUUA